AUGGAUAGACAGGAGAAGAUGAAGUGGGAGGCAUUGAAUACAGGACGGAUGUCAUGGGAAGACUUUACCAAACUCAUGAAGAAGAUGCGGUUGUCUCCAGAUUUUCCGAUCCGGCUGAUGACUCUAUUGCGGGACAUGAAGCAGGGCCCGAAAGAGUCAAUCUCCAACUUCAUUCAGAGAUAUUCGGCGAUGACGAAUCUGCUAGUUGCUUUUUCUCCGGAUAAGGUAUCGUUCGGCAACUUCGUCAUCGAACAGAUAUUUGUGAACAACGUGUCCUCAAGAACUGUUCAAUCGCGGCUGAUUGAACUGUUGUCACCACUUCGGGAAGCGGCAAGGGCAUACGCACAGGAGGCGGGCCAGGAGUACAUGGUACCGUUGGCUUCAAGUUGCUACCUACCCACACUGUUCGAGAAGGCAGUUUCUGCGGCCCCGUGCAAAGUUGAUACGGCUGCGACAGUGGCACUUGGAGCCGCUCGAUCCGGAUCAGCGGUCGCAACGCAAAAACAAAUGUCCUGCAUGGCGGUGUUGGACGGGAGGAAAGAAACGCUGCGUGCACUACUGGAUACAGGGGCGGACGAGACCUUCAUCGAUGAGCAGCUCGGGUCAGACGAACCCAUCGCGGUGGAGAUGGUGAACGGUGUUCGUGAGAUAUCCAAUGGAUCUGUGACACUUGAGUUUGCUUUGGGACCACGAUUCCAGAGUCAGGCAAGGUUCUACAUCAUCUGCCUCCAGCAUACUGACGUGAUUCUUUCGUCGAUUGACGAGUGGAAAGCAGAUGCCCGGUUUAGAAAAGGUCGAGUACAGCUUCCGGUGGAGGUACGACCAGAUCAUGCGGACAAGUCACGCCGACUGUGCUUGUCUACUGAGGAGUUAAUGCAUGAUAUUCGGGCUGGUGAAGUCGUGGAGUUUUAUCAGAUCAAUCUAGCACAGAAGACGACGACUGAUGGGAAUGAUCAAACUCAGUUGUACACCAAACAGCUUCUGAAGGAUUACCAGGACGUUGUUGUGGAUGAGAUCCCGGUGGGAGCGAAGUCAAAUCGUGAGUUCUAG